AUGCCGGGUAAAUACUCACUGCUGCUGCUUGGAUUAGCGGUGUUUGCCGUCAUCAAUUCAGCAGUAGCAUACUCGAACAACUCGAACGCUAUAUAUACCUGGGAAGGGGGUCGCAUAGAAUGGCCAUGCCCAACGACGAAACGUUUAGUAAAGGCAGCUGCGAAGUACACGCCACGAGAUCUGAUCGCAACCCGGUGUCAGAGAGUGGAAGGCAAAACGGUGUGCGCCUUUCCACGUUACAAGAACAUCAUCCCAAUUACUUUGAGUCAAAUUUAUGCCACCAAGAAGGGUUGUGAUGUAAAAUUUGAGCCGUUCCCUUGCUGGAGCGAGCAGGAAGAAGGAAACUGUGACGCCCUCCAGUCAGUUAUCGACAUUUUCAGUGUAGGUGAAUUCGUUUGGGUGUUGGACAGUGGUAUCAUACAAACUCUCAGAACACCAAUUCAACGAUGCUCGCCGAAGAUUGUAGUUUUUCAAGGAAAAACUGGCAGGAAAUUGAAAACAAUUAGUCUCGAUCGGUUCGUAACGGAGAAGUCAAGGCUACAGUACCUUCAGGUGGAAUGUUUGAAAGGGGGUCAUUGCUAUGUGUACAUUAGCGACCCUGGAAAUAACGUUAUCAUUGUAUAUGACGUAUAUGAAGGUCGCGGGUACAGAAUUGUUCUACCGAGAGCAGUACAUCAUGGUUGCCGGAUCAGAGACGUGCUAUAUAUCUUUCUGAUUCACCAAAAAGAAGGGACCAAAUUGUACUUUAGUUAUCUUUGCGGGCAACGACUGUUCGCCAUUCGAACAGAACAUCUACGUAGAGGUCAUGGAGGCAACAUCAUAGAUAUUGGAGAAAAACCAAACAUACCUAUCUUUGUUGGAACCGACGCCGGAAGUGGAGUGUUUUUCCGGGAAGAAGGGGACAGUGAUGUUUAUUAUUGGAAUACCAACCAAUGCUACAAGAAAAGUAACUUCAAGAUGGUUCACAAGAGUGAUGGCGGUCUGUAUGCUACCCAUGUGUUCCCAGAUUUCAAGAUAAACCGUCUGUUGGUCCUAGAAAAUGAUUUUCCAAGCUAUGUUAAGGACUAUGCUGGUUGUGGUACACUGCACCAGAUUUCUAUAUUAGAUGGGACGUAUACGUGCGAAUAG